CUACUACAUUUCCCAUGAUUCCACAAACCGGAACGGGAAGCAUAGAGCGGAAGCAUGCGGAGGGUGAGCCGGCAAUCCUGUGAGGAUGGCCCUCUACUGGAGGAGCAGGAGACAGAGGGCCAGCGGCAGCUGCAAAGCCUCCUUCUGCAGCAGCUCUACACUGAAGUUGACAUCGACCGAUGUGUAGCCAAGAAGCAGUGCUUCGCCCCGGCGGCACUUUAUCUGCCGUUUGGAGAGCAGGCAGCUGGAGUGAGGAGCCUGUCCCAGUUCCAGGCCCUGCAGGACGGGGAGAAGGAGCUGGCUAGCUUGCGGGAACUGGGCCUCACUGAUGCCGAGAUCAAGCUGUGGCAGAGUAGAGAUGCACCAGCGGCACUAGAGAAGUCCCAUGGUGUGUGCGCAGCUCCAGGUGUGAAACACCAGCGCCUGCAGGUGAUCAGGGACAAGAUUGAAGCCAGGGCAGAUCUCCUGUGUCGUCCACAGCGAUUCACAGCAAGCCGGCCGCUGUCACGGAGAGAGAUGGAGAUUGAACAGGCUCUGUUCCAGGGAAAUGACCGCCAGGGUUUCCUCACGGCGCUUUACCAUCGAGAUGAAGAUAAGCAGGAGGGCCAGCAGGGGGCUUCAUCCUCUGAUCCACUGGACUCUCUCUACAGAGAUGUUCUCAGCAAGGAGAGAAAACAAGCUUCACUACAGGACUCUGAGGGAGAAACAGCUGCAGUGUCGCACCUGUCUACACACAGAGCCAUAACUGACCAAUCACAAAACUCACAGAGAGACAAUGACCAAUCAGAAGACACCACUGAGCAUGGAACUGGCUCAUCAGGCCAGCCAGAGUCAAGUUCGGACAUCUCAGAGCAGCAGCACGCUCAGGACAGAGCAAGGCAUCAGCAAUUAGCCGUUCCAACAAAGAUAAUUAUCAGCCAGCCAAUCGGCAGUCUGUGUGGAGCGCUGAAGGCGGGACCAGGGAGGCCGCUGACCGUCACGGGAGAAAUUGAGGCAAUUACAGAUGAAGAAAUCCUGAGGAACCGUGAAUCAGAGGAAGGGAUCCGGAGCAUCCCGAGAUUCCGAAAUUAUCAGCCAGGAAAACCUUCCAAGGUGCUGUGUGUGAAGAACCUUAGUGCACAGGCGUCAGUGGCCCAACUGGUGGCGCUGUUCUCUAGGUUCGAGUCUGAGAAUGGGCCCCCAGUCCUUUAUCGCCUGCUGACUGGGAGGAUGAAGGGUCAGGCCUUCAUCACUCUGCUAGAUGCUGAAACAGCCCAGAAAGCCUUGCAGCUGGUCCAUGGAUACCGGUUGCUAGGGAAACCUUUGGUAGUUGAGUUUGGUCGUGAGCGCCAGGAAGAGGAGCAACAGAAGAAAAAGAAAGUGGAGGAUGAGGAUAAAUAAAAUAAAAACAAAAUAUGUUUAUUCAUGACAACAACAUGGAAAAACAGGUUGAGAUGGAUGUGACUGUAUAUGGCAUGCUAUUUCUACUUAUUUAAUAAGUUUGGAUAUUUUUUUUCACAUAGUCUAUUUCUUCCAUCUUCUGUCAUGUACUUAAAGGUUCAUUCUGUGUAAUAUACUCCAUGAUUUGAAUUUUUAUAUAUCUCAUGCUAUAUAUCUUCAGUGUUAAAUGGGCAUAUUUUGCCCAUUUUUGUAAGCCAUACAUUAAUACAUAAAUUUUAAGUUUCAGACCAGGGAGCCUUAAUAAUUUUACAAAAUAUGUCAAUUUAAACACUUUUUUCUCCAAGCAUUUUAUCAAGUAAUAAUAAUUGUAUAUCAGUUAUUAUUAUUUACAAUGUGUAAAUGUUUUUCUUUUUGUUUUCUUUAUAUUGCCUGAUUUUUAUCACAGUCUCUCCAACAAUGAUGCAUGAUUGGCUGAGCAGUGAUCAGUAAAGCCAGGCAUGUACAUCUUUAUAUCAGAGGGAUGUAUUGAGAGCAUCUGCUAUUACAAAUAAAUGUCAGAUUUACUUGUUUGGUUUUGUCAAAACACUGCAAAAUAGACUUAAUGUGCAUUUUUCAUUGGCCUUGGUACACAAUGACUUAAAGUCAGUCUGCAUGUUAAUCACACAACACUGCAGUUCAAUAUUGGGGUUGACUGAAAUGCUUUUGUAGUGACUCCUGUUUAAAUUCACUGUUAUUCUGCUCUUGGACACCAGGUGGAGCCAUUCAGUCGUUAGGAACAACAGUUUGGUGAUUUCUUUUUUUUUAAGGAAUAAUUUUAGCCUUGGCUAGCAGCAUUAUGUUAAUUUUCCAUGUUAUUGUGGUCUAAUGUGGUCUAAAAUUCUCAGUUAAUUCAAUACCCAAACCCAAAAAUAACAGUCCUUUAUCAUUGAGUGUUAUUACUCAGUCUACUAUCUAAAUAGUACAUUAGGGAGAAAGAAAUGUUGACUCUGUUGAUUGUACAGACUAUCUGUGACAAAAGGUGCUCAGGGUCAUCUGCUGUAUGUUUUUGAGAUGUGUGUCUUUCCCACAGCUUUAAUGUGUGUCCCUAGUCCAGUUAUCUAUGGUAUUCUUUGGGUCCAGAAAAAUGCUCACACUUAGUGGGUGUAACUGUGAUUUUAAAUACUUAAUUUAUUUUUGUCUGAGGCCAUGAUACAUGUUGUAAGUACACUGACUGAUAUGUUAUAAAUGUGUUUUGUGCAGUUCCUCUGGGCUCACUGCCUGUUAUGUGCACCAUAAUAACAGACACACACUGUGAUACAAAGUCUGAUUGUGCACCACAACGUGUUGCUCAUGUUUAGUCAGAUCCUGGAAACACAAAAUAAACAUUGAACAUUGAAAACAAAGUGUUCCAAGCUGCCAAGCUGACCUAG